ACCGGAGACAGCUAUCCGCAGCCAAUAGCUAUGUCACGUCACAGCGCCCUUGGUCGAUGCUCAGUCGUCGCUUGUAGGUCUCAGGCUUCUCCCCACUCCAGCAAUGCAGACAGAGCAGAAAGUAUACAGAAGACCAGUUACUAGUCAGCUAAGAGAGGUUCGAUCCUCAAGGCCGCCAAAGAAUAUAACAACUACCCCGCUGCAUGCUUCAUCGAAACACUACUCAUCUCAAUUUUCUGAUUGUACAGGCAGCAGCAAUAGCAUCUCUGAGCGACAGCAUGGCACCUCUCUCUCUCCGUCUUCCAUCUCUUGAAGAUGGUGACCCUUGGAUCGUCCAUAGAAAUCUCUUCGAAGUUCUCAACGGAUACCUGCAGCCUGGUAGCUGCACAGCUCCUUCCGCUGCUGCCAAGGAGAUUGACGACUUGACACCAGAUAAGCGCCAGUCUGAUGGUGGAAAGCCAAAGGAAGACCACGAAAGCUUUCUUCUGGAGAUCUGGGAGUCAAUCAUCGAGAUCGCUAAGCAGAUCCCAAGUGACCAUGCCUCUCAGGACCGCCUGGUGGAGCUGAUCAAAGCGCUGACUGAGCUGCCGGCUACUGAGAUCGAGAUCUGGGGGAGCAACGUUAGAAUGUGGGCUGAUUUGCCUCUGCUCGGACCGGCUAUGAGAGAGGCUUGGAUAGGACCAUCAAGUGAUGACAAGGCUCCCAGCUCUGAGGAGGCCGAGCGAUGGAUCAACCAGAAUGCCUUUGCAGCACGUCUCUUGAAUCUCAACCAGGUUGACUGGUCCAACUUUGCCGUCUGGAGUCUCCGGUCUGCUCUUGAAGAGGCACCGGCUACGGCGGCAGAAAGCCACAAGUGUGCCGUUGCUGCUGCAGCACAAUGGAUGCUGUAUAGCGGUCAGUACUUACUCGAAGAAGCAAAGGGUGAUGCUGCCAGAGAGGCAGAGGAGGAAGAGGCAGCAAAAACAGAGGAGCAGCCAAACAGAGGCCAGCCACUCGCGGCCGGAAGCUUGUAUAAGGGCAAGGCAAGACUUUGCCCUGAACGCUGGGAGUUCUGGAAACAACAGUUUGGAAGCAUCACUCAAUCGGAUGUACAGAGUGUUGCAUCACUCGCAAAGCAGAAGAUGGAUGCUGCCAAGUAA